AUUUUUCAUAGAAUACAAAUCUUACAAGUUGUUUUCUAGCCGUCGAUUACUUUUUGCUAUGAACGUGUUGGUAUAUUCUGGGAAGGGGACCACAGCAGAGUCCGUUAAGCACUGUUUGGAGUCCUUAAGACUUCACCUUUCUCCUUCAUACGCCGUUGUUGCUGUCAAUGAGUCUGCCAUUUUGAAUGAUCCAUGGAUGAGUAAAACAUCCAUGUUGGUAAUUCCAGGUGGUGCAGACCUCCCUCUUUGUCGAUUGUUUGAUGGUGAAGGGAACAAAAAAAUAAAACAAUUUGUUCGUAAAGGUGGGAGAUAUAUUGGGUUUUGUUCUGGUGGGUACUAUGCUUCUGAUAGAUGUGAAUUUGAAACUGGCACUGACAUGGAGGUAUCUGGUCCCAGAGAACUCUCUUUCUUCCCUGGAAUGGCUAAGGGCUGUGCCUUUAAGGGGUUUUCAUAUGAGUCCCAUGAAGGUUCUAAAUGUGUAUGGUUAGAAGAUUUUAAUGGGAAGAAAAUCCCAAACUAUUAUAAUGGAGGUGGAGUCUUUAUUGAUGCUGAAAAGUAUGCAAAUACCGAAGUAUUGGCCCGUUACACCAACAAGACUGAAUUAGAAACAGAUGACAGAGCUGCUGUCAUUUUAUGUACUGUUGGAAAAGGGUUAGCUCUUCUUACUGGAACUCAUCCAGAAUUCACCACUUCUCUAAUGAGACCAUCUGCUGAUGAAUAUGCCUUUUAUGAUGCCUAUAAUGAAUUAAAUGUGCCCGAAAAUGAACGUAAUAGGAAGUUGUUUUUGAGAGAUUGCUUGAAGAAACUCGGUCUUAAGGUUAAUGAAGAUGUGGAUGUAUGUAUACCACAACUUACACCAGUGUACCUCUCAUCUUUGAAACCAGAAACCAUUUGUAAACUCAAGAUGGACUUGCAGGAAAUGUAUGUACCAGGGACGACUAGAUAUGAAGAUUGUAAUGAUACUUUUGAGUUUCACGAUGAAAAGGAAAAUGAUCAUGAUUAUUUCAUCAGUGAUACAGUGGUGGAAACCCCCGCGUCUGAUUUGGAUUCUGUUGUUAAACAUGUUAAAAUCAUCCAAUCAUUGGAUUCACUUCCUUCUCAUAAAUUGACUCCAUAUUUUAACAUGUCGUCAUAUUUCAAACAAUUAUCUACCUUGUGGGAAAAAUCGGGAUCUUCUCAAAUAGGAUCCAUUGGAUCUACCUUUGGGUACUCUGAAGUAAUCACUUCCACCAAUACUCUAUUAGAUAAGAAUCCUGGGUGGUUGCAACAAUUGCCUCAUGGAUUCACUCUUACUGCUACUACUCAAGUAUCAGGACGUGGUCGUGGUGGGAAUGUGUGGGUGAACCCGAAGGGGGUUAUGGCAACAUCUGUUCUCUUUAAAGUCCCUGUUGGUGGACCCCAACCAACCUCUAUUGUCACACUUCAAUAUUUGUGCGGAUUAGCACUUGUGGAGCUGAUUUUCAAUUAUGGUAGUUUAGAAGCUGGUCAAGGGAUUGGAUAUGAGGAUAUGCCAAUUAAACUUAAAUGGCCAAACGAUAUUUACUCCAUGAAGCCCGAGUUUUUCAAUCUGUUGGAUAAGGAUUCUAUUAAAGCUGUAGGUACCGUGGAAGCUGAUGAACAAACAUAUGCCAAGAUUUCUGGAGCUUUGAUCAAUUCUCAAUUUUUGGAUGGAGUAUUCCAUCUUGUAUGGGGUGUAGGAGUAAAUGUAUCCAACACUGCACCAACUACAUCUUUGAAUCUUGUGCUAGAGAAAUUGAAUGUUCUUCGUGCAGCAAAGGGACUUCCGGAAUUACCGCCAUACCAACAUGAAAUCUUACUUGCAAAGAUGUUGCAUACAGUGGAACAAUUCUAUAGUGUUUUCCAAAAGUCUGGAAUAAAACCAUUCCUUCCAUUGUAUUAUAAGAGAUGGUUCCAUUCCGACCAAACAGUUGCGGUCGAUGCUGGAGGUAAUGGGGCUGUGCGCAGAUGCAAAAUCAAGGGAAUUACUCCAGAUUAUGGUCUUUUGAUUGUGGAAGAUUUGGAGAAUCAUCAAAUCUUGGAAUUGCAACCAGAUGGGAAUUCGUUUGAUAUAUUCAAAGGUUUGAUUUAUAAGAAGAGUUAGAGAAUGGAGAGAUACAUCUUACAUUCACUUGGAUUAGUGGAAACUACAUACGGGCUAAAGAUCGGCAAAAAGGACGGACAUAAACAAGAAGAGAAUACCAAAUACAGAGUCUUCAAUGGUUCACCAUUCUCGGUAAGAGCGG